AUGGAACCCGAAGUUCUUUCAAGGAUCAUACAGGCUUUAGAUAUAAUUCAUAGUCCGUUCGCAUCAAAUGAAAUUAGGCUCGAAGCAAAUCAGUAUUGUAAUUCCAUCAAAGAUCAUCCCAACGCGCCAAUAUUCGGUCAUUUUUUGGCUCUAAAAGAAAAUGGUCAAUCUGAUAUUGUUAGACAUUUCGGAUUACAACUUUUAGAAAAUACAAUAAGAUAUAAAUGGAUUGAUGGGAUUUAUAGUGAUUCGGAGCGAGAACAAAUUAAACAAGCAAUAAUCAGUUUAGUUCAAAGGGGAACUCAUGAUAUUUUAAUUGAAAAGCAAUUUAUCAAAGAAAAAGUGGCGAAAUUGUUUGCUGACGUAGCUAGACGUGAGUGGCCGAUACGUUGGACAGACAUGAAUAACCUUUUACGAAAUCUUUAUACUUCUAGUCCAACUACACAAGAGUUGACUCUUUUGAUCUUUCAAUAUCUUGGAAAAGAAUCAGAUUUACGAGAUUCUUUGACGUGUAUAAUUACAAGCUACAAUAUUUUGAGGGAGAAAUAUCCAGACGGAGUGAAAAAAGAUAAUCCAAGUUCAUGUAAAGACGAAAUAAUAAUAAUAAUGCAAGGUGAGCAAGAUAGUGAAGGCUGGUUAAUGCUAUGGGUGAAAUCCUUGGAAAAAUUGGUUAAAUUACAGUCGGCUUCGUCUGUAAUUUACGAGAAAUUAAUAAUUGUUACAUUAAACACCAUUGCAACAUAUGCUGAAUGGAUUAUUGCGAGAUCCAUUGCAGAAACAAAUGCGCUACUGGUAUCGUGCAAAAGCCUUUUGAGUGAUUGUCAUGAAAUAAGAAUGGUUGCAAUAGAAUGUAUUACUGCUAUUGUUUCCCGCACCUUUCAAACACCGGAAGAUCGUACACUUGUUUUUGACCCUAUUUGUGAACAAGAUGGCAUGGAGUUAUUAUUUUUGUCCUUUAAGAUGAUCCAACCAAGUCAAGAUUUAUUGCUUGAAGAAAAUGAUUAUACUUAUUUGAAAAAAUAUGUUGAGGCUAUUGUUGAAUUCGGUGAAAAGCAUAUAUGUUUCAAGAAUAACACAGUGAUACCAAAGCAAUUUCCAAAGUUAUUUGACAUAUUUGGAAUUGAUAUACGAGAUCUCAAAGCAUCCAUCAAAUUUCAUAGCCUCUGUGGCAAUAAUGUUUUGGCAGUCAGCAAUUCAUCAUCCACUCAUCUCAAAGAGCUAUUUGCUGAGAGACUUAGAAUACUGUUUCAUAAAGAUGAUGAUGAUAAUAAAACUACGCAUUACAUUGACGUGGAUUUUGAUUCAAAAAAUGAAUAUAAAAAUUUUGCUAUGACGUUUCGUACGAGACUUGGUGAAACAAUAAAGUUAAUUACUCAGAUGCGGCCGAUAGAGUCUUUCAAUUGGAUAGUGAACAGAAUUCAAAAAACGUUGAAUAUAAGUCCGAGUGAAGAAGAUUUAGAUGGCAAGUUAUCAUGCAAUGUAUCUAUUUCGGUCCGCGAUGGUGUCUGUAAAGUAGACUCUUCAGUUUACUUCAUAUUUGAUGCAGAAUUAACAUUAAUGGAUUCUAUAGUAAUCGGGAUCGGAAAAUUGAUCAAAUCCAAUGAAGGUCAUGAUACAAAUUAUGCUAAAAUAAUGAAUGGAAUGAAUGACUUUCUUCAAAUGCUAUUGAAUCUUAAUUAUCCGGAUGUAAUAAUGUCAAAUAGAUAUUUAGCUUCUAUGCUAUCGUUUGUAGAUAUGCUAAAUAGGGACUCGAGGCUAUUAUUUCAAGUUUUACAAAAGAUAUUCCAAUUUGCUAUAUUCCGUCCCCCUGGUUUUAUUAUUUCAUCUGCUUCCUCUUUUCCGCAACCAGUUUAUCGAUUACGAUGUGGAGCUAUUGCAGUAUUGAUAAAAUUUGGCACGUCAAUGCCCGAUGUUUUAAUGAAUAUAUACAACGAUAUUUCGGGCUAUGUGAAUAAUAUUUUUAAUGCUGAAAGUAAAAUGGUUACGAGAAAAGAAAAGGUGUCAUUUAAAAAAUUUUUACUUUGCAUUAUAUAUUACUCUAAAAUUCCAUUAGAACAAAAAAGAGCGCUCUUUGAUCCAAUCGUGUUACCAGUAAUGAACAAAUGGCUUUCUCCAGAUAUAACCUGUUUUAUUACUUCAAUAACUCAAUUUCGAGAUGCUUCCGGUUUAAAUUUUUUGUCUUCAAUUAUAAUCAAUAUGAAACAAAAAGGCAUUUACAAACUAAGUUCGGAAAUUUCGAAAGAAUUUCAUGAAACUAUCGCGAAAUAUGAAUUAGCACGAUACAAUUUGUCAUUUUUGACAGAAACAGUAAUAACAUUCUUUGUAAAAGCAUCUGAAGGUGCAUCAAAGGGAAUUUCUAAUUCUGAAUAUUCAGGAUUGUGGGAGCAAUAUAUACCCACGAUAUUGUCUGCAACAUUGGCUCUGAUACGAAUUAUCCACCAGCUAUGGAACGUUGAAUCAUGGCAAGAGUAUCCAGAAGAAUUCAAAGAGGUGUUGAGAUUGAGCAAAGAAGACAAAGCAAGCAUUGUGGGACAAACAUUAAAUAUUCCAACAACAAUUUCUAACAGAAAAUCUUAUACCAUAGCUAUUGUCAGACCUUACGUUCUUAAAUGCCCAGCACCUGAAGUCCUUUCAGGGUUUUUUCCACAAUUAUUAAAAUAUCUGGAUAAAAAGUUGACCUUGGAAUGGCGAAUUAUGGUUGAAAAAGGGAUUCAAAUCUCAACACCAGAAAUGGCUCAAUUAUUACAGGAUAAUUUGGAUACUAAUAGUGAUAUAUCAGAUGAGAUAUUGAAUGAACAAGUAUUAAGGGAUUUGACAAGGGCUUAUGUUGAUAUAUUUGAUCAAAUAUUCUCACCUGUACCUAAGAAACAAGCAACUGAUACAGUAUCUUGUACACGAACAGCACAAUUAUGCGCUAGAAUAUUACCGAACCUGAUAAAGCAUGAAGGAUUAAGAGAAUUUGUUGGAACUUCUUUAUUAACUGCUGCAUUACAGGCCUUACAUGAUGGAUAUCAUAAAGAAUCCCAUCCUGUAAUAAUUUCUUUCAUUACGGAUCUUUACACAGAUUUGAGGCCCUUAUCAUCUGCUCCUUACGAAACCUUUGCACAAUUGCCGAAUAUGGAUCAUGUUCAGUUGCAGAAAUUUGAAACGUCUUUAAGUCAAGCAACCGAAAGUAAAUUUCGUAAAAAAAUUGUUAAAGAGUUCCUUGAAGGAAUAACAGGACUUUCCACAGAGGAAUGGUUCAAAAUGCCUGAUACAGCACCUGUGAGUUCAACGCGUAGGACAGUUUCUGGUGUUUAUUCAAAGCCUGUAAUUGGCGUUUUAGACGUAGUUGAGGAUCCUUACGAUGUUGGAAUUGUUGAUUUGUUUGAUUAA